AUCACUUGAUAAAACCAAAACAAUCUCUCUGUUUUCCCUGUCUCCCAGUUUCCCACGAUGUCCGAACGAGCCGCCAUAUCCAUCUUCUUUUUCAUGCUCGUCCUGCUCCUGUCCCAAGCUUCCAUUUUGAACCCUGUCGCCUACGAGCCGAAAACCUGUGAUUUCCCGGCUAUCAUUAACUUAGGUGACUCGAAUUCCGACACAGGCGGAUACGCUGCUGGUUUUGAUCCACCCACUUCUCCUUAUGGAAACACCUACUUUCACAUGCCUGCCCGCCGUUUCUCCGAUGGUCGGCUCGUCAUCGAUUUCAUAGCUGAGGCAUUUGAUCUGCCAUUUAUUAAUGCAUAUCUUGAUUCAAUGGGGACCAAUUUCUCCCAUGGCAUAAACUUUGCCACCGCAGCAUCUACAAUCAGAUUACCUAAUCGCAUUAUCCCUAAUGGUGGAUUUAGUCCGUUCUACCUUGAUCUACAGUUCUCGCAGUUUCAGCAAUUCAAAUCCAGAUCACAAAUGAUUAGGAAACAAGGAGGGAUGUUUGCAAGUUUAAUGCCCAAGGCAGGGUAUUUUUCAAGAGCUUUAUACACUUUUGAUAUUGGCCAAAAUGAUCUUGGAGAAGGGUUCUUUGCAAACUUGACAAUUCAACAAGUCAAUGCUUCUGUUCCCGAUAUGAUCAACAAAUUCUCAGAAAAUGUUAAGAAUAUAUACAGUUUAGGAGGCAGAUAUUUCUGGGUUCACAGCACAGGACCAAUUGGUUGCUUGCCUUAUGUUUUGACUGCAUUUUCUUCAGCUGAAAAGGACCCUGCUGGCUGCUUGAAGCCUCACAAUGAAGUGGCUCAGUAUUUCAAUCUCAAAUUGAAGGAAACAAUAGUUCAGCUCAGAAAUGAAUUGCCUUCUGCUGCAUUUACAUAUGUAGACAUAUAUGCCGUGAAGUAUUCCCUUUUUGCUGAGCCCCAAAAACACGGGUUUGAGCUUCCACUCGUGGCAUGUUGCGGCUAUGGAGGUCGGUAUAACUAUAGCGCCGAGGUUAUAUGUGGAGGAACGAUUACGGUGAAUGGUUCGGACAUAUUUGUGGGUUCGUGUGAUCGUCCAUUGGUUCGUGUAGUUUGGGAUGGAAUUCAUUACACCGAGGCAGCUAACAAGUUCCUAUUCGAUCAGAUUUCGACCGGUUCAUUCUCUGAUCCACAUGUUCCACUGAAACAGGCAUGCCGGAGGACUUCAAGUUAAACUUUCUGCUACAACAUGAAUAAACCAAAUUCUGACUAGUUUCUCUUGUAUGUAAUAAGUGUCUCUACCUUGUUGCUGGCGAAUGUAUUUGUGGGACCAAGGUAAUAAAAUUUGCAUUUGCACAUA